CCAUGCCGGAGUAUUGGUCAUGCUCUAUGCUGUCUUCAUGUCUCUGUGCAGGUCAGGCUGGCUUUGAUGAGUCCAGAAUACAUGAUGGAGAAUGUGACUGACAACGAAGUGGUGAAGGCGAGUGGAGAGUGUCGACAAAUUCUCCUUAAGACCAUGGAUGCCAUGCUUGAUAUUAGAACAAAGAGGUGCUCCAGCUCUAUUUCUUUUCAUUCUUUGGCCCGUCCACGCCUGCCCCCGGCAGUCCUGUUGGCCAUUGGAGGCUGGAGUGGUGGCAGUCCCACCAAUGGCAUCGAGGCGUACGAUGUCCGUGCACAGUGCUGGGUCAGUGUAACUGAUGAUGAGGAGGCUCCUCGGGCCUACCAUGGCACUGCUUUCCUCAAUGGAUCAGUGUACUGUGUGGGUGGCUUUAACGGUGUUGAACAGUUCAGCAGUAUGUACAGGUUUGAUCUGGACAUGCACACCUGGCAGGAGGUAGCACCAAUGCAUUCCAGACGAUGCUAUGUCAGCGUCACUGUGAUGGAUGGGUACAUAUACGCCAUGGGAGGUUAUGAUGGACACGAUCGACUUGAAACUGCUGAGCGCUAUCAACCUAGAACCAAUCAGUGGACUUUAAUUGCAUCCAUGCACGAGCAGAGGAGUGACGCCAGUUGCACAACUCUUCAUGGCAAGGUGUACAUUUGUGGCGGCUUCAAUGGGAACGAAUGCCUGUCAACGGCUGAAUGUUACAACCCAGAGAUCAACCAGUGGACACUGAUCGCCUCCAUGGGCAACAGGCGCAGUGGAGUUGGCGUCAUGGCCUAUUCAGACCAUGUCUUUGCA